GACCGAGGGCAGAGAUCUGACUGAUUCACCAGUGUGCUGCUCUGGCUGCACAGGGGGAGCACAGGAUGAGGAACACAAAAUCCCGCCUGAGAAGAAAUAUUCUGUCUUUCAACUCAUCUAUGCUGGCAUAAAUGAAAAUAUGUGAUCUUUGACAAGUUGUGAACAAGAAACUUUUUAUGUAUGGACAGGUUUUGUUCCCUUUUGGUCACUUAUGCUGCACUGCUUUCACUUUACUGUUUUUUGUGGACUAAUUAAUUGUAUACAAACGUAAGAAAUACCCAGUGGGCUCAGCCUGCAGCAGUGAGGACAGGAGGUGUUACUCAGAAACAAUCCACAACUCUGGCCACCUCCUGCAUUGCUGAGUAUUCCCCCAGCACCUACAGCUGCUGGAUCAGGGAAGUGAGCUUGUGCAUCCAUCUCUAGCACCUUUUGGCAUCUUUCCAUGUAGCUGCUUGCCCUGCAUCUGCCUGCUCCCAUUCGCAGCAUCGCUGGCAGAAGGUGGAGAGGUGCCUCAGUCCUCUACAAAAUCUGCUCCUAGGAGCAGCUCACCUCGGGGAAACAGCACUGAAACAUCUCACCUGAAAUGUCUGUCUUUGACUCAGAUGCAAAAUGAAAACCUCACGUUCUAACUACUUUUUCAACCAAACUUGGAGCUAAGGAGCCUCAGUUUCCUCAGAUCUGUGGCCCAAAACUUUUGUUAUGGCACGUGUUACAGUCAUUCCUGUCCUGCUGAUAUCAAGCUUUUUCCAGCAUAAGACACUGUUUUCCACAAUCCUGGCCAGUGGACAAGAAGACAUAAAAGAUGCACUUAGGCUACAUAAUGUUCUGUGGAUCACCAAGGAUGAUUCAAGAGUUAUUUUGUCCUGGAACAAUAACCUGACAAAAGAAGAAACCAAGAAAUACACUGUGAAAUACAUUUUGGUUUAUAAGUUCUUCAAUACCACUAAGGAAAGGAAAGAAAGACUUCAGGAGAAGGAAAAGAUAAUACAACUUAAAUUACACUCUGGUUUUAAUGCUAAAGUUAAGACACAACUUUUUGCAAAAGAAACAGAAGACAUAAUUAAGGAGAGUGACUGGACAGAAUUUACUUACAAGGCACCUCCAGUCUACAUUCAGAAUCUUUCAUGCAUCAUAUAUAACAUUUCUUUUUUCAACUGCACCUGGCACAUCAAAGCAGAAGCUCCUGAAGAUAUUCAGAUCUUUACCUCAUAUAGACACGUAGGAAAAGUUUUUACAUGCCAGGAAUAUAUUAAAAAUACAAGAAAGAAAAACAUUGGAUGCCAUUGGAAAGAAACACAUUUCCAACAAUCAAGGAAAAUAAAUUUAAAUAUAACUGUGAGAAAUUUGAGAAACAGUUCAAGAGGAUUGUCUUAUUACAAAGCUUUCACACCUCAGAUAAUAGAGAAGCUGAACCCACCAAUCAACGUGUCAGUUUCCCUUGAAAACAGAAGUAUUAAAAUUCACUGGAAACCUCCACCUACUAUUGGUUCAGCAAGGAAAAAAUGUUUUUUGUACCAAGUGAAAAUAACAGAUCACAAGAUUGUGAAUGUCACUGCAGAGGACUAUAUGUAUCCAUUUCACAAGCCAGCAAAAAAAUGUGCAGCACAAGUGAGAGUAAAGAAAGAGAUUUGCAUAGCAAACAAGAUCUGGAGUGAAUGGAGUGAACCAGUAUUUAUUCAAGAUGAAAAAACAGUGGAUAUCCUGCUGCUAAGCCUCUCAUUGUUUUGUCCUCUGGUUUUCCUUGGAGGUUUGCUGAUAUAUGCAUGUAGAAGGUACAGAUGGCUGGAAGUCAUAGCCACGCCUGUUCCACGUCCUUCAGAUAACAUCAAAACGUGGUUAGCAGAGGAGACUCACCACCAGCAACAUAUGUCAAUGCAAAUGGAGAUGCACUCAGAGGUUACUCUGGGAACAACAGAAGAGAACAGAGAUCAGAACAUUCAACUGCAGAAAUGUUUGAAGGAAUUCAUGUUGGAAGACCUAUAGACAUUAUAUGCCUUUUUUAUCUGCAUGCUAGUGUACCUUGUACCUUUCCAUGAGGUAGACAAUAUUCUAACAGAUCAAAGAGCAGCUGAUGAGGGAAUUUGUCUGAGCCAAAUAACUUGAAGUACUUUGUGCUCUGACAACAUGCAACUCUUAAAAUUCGCUUUGGAUGACAAACACAAAGCAGUAUCUUGCAGUUUGUCUCUAAAAAACCUGAUCUUCAGCCCAGGGAAAUUAGAGCAUCUCAGAAAAUAUGAGCUAAUAUUGACAUCCACUUGGGUUAAAAUGAAAUGGGAGUUAGUGUUUCAUAAUGCUCAAUAGCUUCCAAGUACUGUCUGAUAGAUCAAGCCUUUUUGAAGACUGGCUGUUCAUACAAAUCUCAUACUAGCUAUUCAACAUCUCAUUUAAGGUGGUCAUGAGAAAUUGUGGAAGAAACAAAUGUUUUUGGAAACAGCAAGAGAAAAGUGUUCUCUAAAACUCAAAAAACCCCCAAUCCCUUUCUGAGUCACUGCAUUGAGUAAGCACACAUCAACCAGAAAUAGGAGAUAUGUGUGAAGAUAUGUUGUGGACCUUGCAGUUGGUAAAAUAAGUAAAACAAGAAAAUGUUAGAUGAGGUAAAGAAAACAAAGUUUUCUGCUGCACUGUGAUUGUUUAAAGAAUUUUAACUCAGAGAAGUUAAAAGUUCAGAACUGACCAAUUUUUCCUAUUUAUUUUUCCCCAUCCUUUUAAAGAAUCUUUCCUACUGAUUUCAUGAGGUGAUGAGCUAUGCUAGUCCAUAGCACACAGUCAGGGAAGAUUAUUCUAACUCUUAGUUGAGAUAGUGUUUAUUUGACUAGAAGAGAAUGAAUUGAUUUUGCAAGGACAACAUUUCUUUUUUAAAGGUGGGAAAUACAAAUCAGUGAUAGACAUAGUUUUCUGGAAGGUUUGGAAGAUACCUAUAAUUUACUUGCUUUCAUUACUGGUAAUGUUUUUCCAUGUCAGAAUAAUAUUGAUUGGAAGAAAUAGCAAUAAAAAAAAAUUGUUUGUGCUUUUGAAACAUAAAGUUUCUAAGAUAC